AUGUCACAGGAUUUGACGCUGAAGGAAAGCAAAGAAGAUGUAGAAAGGCGUCAGAAAGCGACCUUGAGUCUGAAGAAAAACAUUCGUGUGAGCGAUGCUCAGCUCGGCACGAGCAUCCCAGCCAUGCUCAUGGUCGCUCCGAGGGCUGCGAGCCUGCUUGGACAUAUAAAACUCCUGUCCUUCUCGGACAACGGCCUUUUGAUCGAACUGACCGAGCCUGAAGGAGGAUUCAAGUACCUCACGCGGCGGGCAUUCCCUGCCGCAAUGAUGCAAACCCUCGAUCAGGCUAGAACCUGCUUCAAUCUAGCAGAGAAUAACUUGCGUUCCAUUCAUUUGAAAACCAAUGACAUGCUUGGGAGAGGCGGUCAUGUCGCAUAUAUUCUUCAAGUGCUUCAAGAUCCUCUGAUGGCGAAGAAAAGCCUGAAACCAUCCAUCCAGAGGCUACGCGAUGCGAUGCACCUUUGCUACGAGCAGGCACAAGCCGUCGAAGGUGCAUUCCAACUGCUUGUUGAUCUCCUCAGAGAAGUCACCGUGACCCUAUCUCACGACGCAGGUAUUGAAGAGCGCUCUUAUUUCACUGAGACGGCUAAGACAACUCAGCGCCUUGAGCAGCAAGCUAAAAUUGUGGAGGAGAGGAAGAAUCUCAUGGAGCAAAGAGCGAAAAGCCUGGAAAAUCAACUAGCAGAAGCUGAAGAGCAUUAUAACUUUGCUCAAGGCGAGUUUCGAAGGGCGGCAAAGAAAGGAGAGUUAUCCACCAUGGCUCUUACCAGUGUCCGGAAUGCUGGACGUAGUACCUCCAAACUGCUCAACUCAGGGAUCAACUUGAUCCAGGAGACUCCCAGGAUGGCUAUUGAGGUGGCGCAGGCUGCCAGCAAUACAUUGAAGUUCACCGGCAAUACCAUUGAAUCUUCUUUUAGCCCCAGGCCUGCUGCUAUGGCUGGAGGCCAAUCCAGCAUCAAAAAUGAUGCUCAGAACCAAGCCCGGGCCCCAGCGCUUGUUGAUAUGGCGUUGCAAUCCGCUGAGGAGCUAGAUGUCCAACUCGGUUGCAUCAAGGUCAUAUUUGAGCAGGACAGUCCAACAGAUGUCGGAGAUGCCAUCAAGAAGAUUCGCGCUAGUGUUGACACGCUCAAAGAUCUGCAGAACCGACUUGGUGCAGCCGAUACCAAGCAUGCUAUUAGCGUGCGACGCAUCAUCGAAAAGACAAUUCAGACAACUGACGCGGCUGUCAAGCAAGUCCAAUUCAAGCCUCUGAGCAAAAAGCGCGCCUGGAACGAGAAUGUGGCCAACUGGCGGCUUGAAAUGCAGUCACCCCUUUAUGAGGCAUCAAAGCUGAGAGCUUAUGCAGCAACUCAGCCCGGGCAAGGCUUUGAGUCUUCGCUUGACGCUGCCUUGAAAGAUCCAAGUCCAGGAGAUUCAACGUACGCGCAGGUUCUUCGGGAGCGAUACCAAAAGCUUUUGAUCAUGCGCGAGGCGAUGCAAGAUUCACGGAGCAAUCUACAAGCCAACCGAGAAGCUCAGCUCAUGGCUCAAAGCCAAGUUCGAGAGCUGAAUGCGGAGCUGCACAACAUGGAGCACAAUAAACUGACCAUGGACGACACCAAAGAGAUACUGCGCAAAGCUAUAAGUGCUAUCAUUGCGAUGCAGGAUGACUUUUCACGCCUCACUCAGUUCUUCGGGUUUCUUACAGACCACCUUGACAUGAUCAAAGGUCGCCCGGCAGAGCAGCUGUUGGAGACCCUCCCAGCUACGGAAAAGGGCGGAAACACCUCUAUAAAAUUCACCAAGGUGCAGAUCGAGAUCCUGCGUGAGACAUUGGUCACUUUGUCAGCACAUUUCGGCUUCGUCGUGAAGGCUGCCGCUCUGUAUGAAGAAGUUGCAACAGAACACAUCAAUCCUUGUCUGCAAAAGAUGGCCUUCCUGCCUGUUGGAGCCUCGGGAACAGAUCAAGAGAAAGCCAAGGAGGACCUCAAGACGAUCACAGAUGCUAGCUCUAAAGCUAUUGAGGAGCUCGCCCGCAAGGAAUUGGACCGCUACCUUUUAGAUUUUGAGGGUGGUCUCAAAGAGAUCGACGAUGAGUUGAGAAAAUACACGAGAGCGCUGCCUGAGCUCGAAUCGGAUACAGCCAAUCUGCAGGCUAUCCAGGAAGGAGUCAGUGAGGUAAGGGAGGAAAGUGCCCAGCAUAUACAGCAGCAACCGGAGCUGUACGAGGAGACCGCGAUGGACGACGACUUCUAA